CACUGUCGUCCGCUAUCUUGUAACCUUUGAGGCUGAGUAGGGAGCCCACAAGAUGCGCAAAUUAAGAGUUACUAAAUACGUAUUGUAGUUAUUUUUAAAUUAAAACUGUUAUAGAUGACCUUAAAUCUUGCAUAAUGACACAACGAACUUAAUAUUUUCGACGAGCUUUCCACUAUGAGCACGGCAAACUGGCAGGUAUUGUGGUCUCCAAACCAACACGACAAGUUUAUCACCUUCGGAAGUGAAAUAUGUCUUUACAAAGUCAGCAGGUCUCAGGUAAGGUGAUAUAUAGAGAAUUUUGCAUAAUUUUCCUUGAUGGAAGGCCAGUUUUUAGAAUAAAAGCAAAUUGUUAUUUCGCCCAUCGAUUAUAGGAUGGUCAUGUGCCUAAACAAGUCCUACGGAAAAUUUAGGGGGUGGUACUUGGUGGGUUAGACAUAUCAAAGUUCACUUUCAUUCAACGAUCCAAGUAUCAGGAAAAAGAUUGUGUCAAACACUUUUUCCUAAUGUCCUGGGUAGUUUCUUGCAUAUCUUUCUCCAAAAAAUACGCAGAAGUCUCUACAAUGAUAUCCUUAGAUCAUCAAAGCAUCAAUAAAAAUUUGCAGCAAUGUACACUAUAUUAAACAUUUUUGUUUCUUAACUGACUGGUUUCAGGAAAGUCCACCAACGGCUGCAGGUGUAAGAAGCCAAGGUAUAUAGUUUUACCUCAGUCUGUUCCUUGCCAACUUAUGCCUUGCAUUUCAAUAUUGUCCUUAGUUCAAGCUUUUGUUAAUAUGAAUUUUCACUUGUAAAAUAUUUUAUAUCUUUCUUCUUAUGAUUUCAGUAAUGCAUCUUUCUGGAGAUACCUAUGCAUCACUUUUAUCUGUUGUGAAUGAUAUACAAAAUUUAAAGGUAACCAGUUCAAUUAAAAGCUAAAAAUAUAUAUUUGUUUUUUGGUUCACUUUAUGUUUUGAUUGUCCAAAACCUUCCUUAUUAAAUGGUUUGAGUGACUAAGAUAUAAUUUCUCCUUACAGUAUCAAUACAAUAUGAGGCAGACAAUAUCAAAAUUUCCAAACUUACAUCAUAGGAAUUGUGUGGCAGAUAGUAAGGAGAAUUGCUAAUUAGAUCUGGAUUUCAAUGCAUUGUGUUCUUCUCCUGGGAAGACAUUUUACUCUUCAAAGUUCCCAAAAUCACUGAUCAUUUGGGAUUUUCCCAUACAUAUGAAAACCACCCUUAUCUCAUCUGGAAAACACCACAGAAAUCAAUUCUGAUGUUUACUUCUGCCAUGACUGAAAAUGGUAGUCACUAUAACAGACAACAUUUAACUUUUCAGGACUGCUUUCUCCUGCACUAGUUAUAAAACUAUAUGUCAAUCAAACAUUAUUCUGUUUACUAUAAGUUCUGGCCAGGUUGGCUACAAGUAAAAGUGUUUUCUGUGUUUUCACAGUGUGUUGCUUGGUAUCCAAAAUCAGAACCAGAAAAUUUAUUAGCAGUUGGACAAGCAAAUGGAAGAGUUUUAGUCACAUGGUAAGAAUUAACAAAACGUGUUUCUAUAAAUGGUAAAAAACAGUGGAUACCGACAUUCAUUAGGAACAACUUCAGGAGAAUCAUACAGCAGCAGACUGCAAAGAGAACAUGUGAAUAAAAGGGGUAAAUUUCCAAAGAAACUGUGGUGCUUGGUUGGUGGGAGAGUAUAACAGGGUAAUUUAGUAUUAUCAACUGAGUUGAUAACAUAAAUUGGCUGCCCUAUAGAGUUUGAAAGCUGACAUUUUAAAUGUUAGCCCUUUGUCAGAGUGAUUGAUGAAGGGCUAAUGUUUUUAAAUGUCAGCUUUUAAACUCUUUAUGGUAGUAUUAUCAACACAGUUGAUAAUACUACUUUACCCUGCAAAGGGAACACAUCUUCAAAAUGUGUUAAUCACAACUGUUAAAAACCAACUUGCCAUAGUAUUGUGCAAUGCUUCAGAAAGUGAGGAAUGCCAUGACUGGUGGACCUCGUUCCUAGGGUUGUCGCUUAGUAAAGAUCAUCCACAGGAACUAUUAGCAGGUGAUCAUUGGUAAAGUAAUGCAAGCACUUCUGUGGUUACAUAGUAUUACCAUUGUUUGAUAUCCAAACACUAUCUUCGAGCCAUCAUGCUUGAAAUUUCAGUUUCUAAGCUAUAACCCUGAAUCCCUUGAGCAAUACAACUGAAAUGUUGUUUUCAUUCUUUGUUUGAGAUAAAAAAGUGAAAACCACCAAGUUAUUAAUCAUUUUAACUUACAGCAAACAUUUAUAUAAAUAUGGCUGAGUGAUAUUUUCUCAGGCACAUUGUUCACAAUGAGGUAAACAUCGGUCACUUUUCAAUGGAAACAAUUAAAAGUAAAUAAUUUGUUAAUUACUUAUCAUUAUUGUCUUCUCUUUCAGCAUUGGAAGAGAAAGUAAUCAGUCAAACCAAAGAAUUUCUAGAGAAUUUGGUAAGAAUCAGUUGAUUUCAAACUUACAAAUGCCGGGAUUAUGAAAUUAGUCAUGUUGUGUUACUUAGUACUUUCUUUUGAAAGUGUGACAAUAAGUGGUACAGGUAGUUUGAUAUUUUGUAUAAUUGUGAAAGGAUUUCAUCAACUGUUAUUACAUGAUAUUGAUUAAAAAUUUAAACUUUUAAGUCCCCAGGCAUUCACGGCAAUGUAACAGCCUUGCAUGGAAUCCUGUUGAAAAUAAAUUGGUAUGUUAAUUAUCUUCUUGAUGAGGUCACAAGGGAUUGGUCUAGGUACAACUUUUAACCCUUUUAUUCCCACAAGUGACCAAGAAAAAUUGUCUACUCACAAUUUCAAUAUGAUAUCAAGCAGACAAAUGCUGAGAAUAAAGACAAAUAUCAUUUAGGAGAUUAUUGCAUGUCCAAUAUCAAAUCCUCUUAGUUCACAUCAUCAGAACUGAGCCCACUAAGGAGAAUUAUCAGCAAGAUUUUGGGAGUGAAAGUGUUAAGGCUCAACAAAUGUCAGGCUACCGGGGGCUAAUUUCAAAUUUCAGCUAAAAGGAGGGGUGCUUUUUGGAAUAGCAGGGCUUAAUCUAAGGGGAUGCUUGUUAAGGUAACCCAGUAAAAAUUAAAGAACAGAUAGCAUAUAUAAUACAAACUCUGAAAGCACAUAGAGAUAGAAAUAAUAGGAAGUGACUUAAUGCUGUAGUUGAAGCUUGAAAAAUUGUAAUUAAAGUAGGAAUAGAAACAGGUUUUUUUUAGGUAUCCCUACAAUUAAGAUGGUGAAGGUGGGGGAAGGUGUGCUCACUUGAGAGGGUGCUUGCAUGACUCAAUGUCCAAGGGGGAGGGGGGGGGGGAGGGCUCAUUCAAGGGAGAGCAACUAUUCAGGAAAUACAGCAUUCAGACCUAGGGAGACACCCUCUCCCCCCCUUCACCUCUACCCCUACCAAGUCUUGGUAAAUGUAAAAGUAAAUGUAAAUGUAAAUGUAAAUGUAAAUGUACAUGUAAAUCAAGAAUGGGAUGGGUACAGCACAAUUUUAUCAAAGACAAAGGCAAAAACACACCUGAGCUUAGCAAGCAUAGGCAGAAAAAGAGAAAACUGCACUACAGAUUCUUAGAAUGUGUUUGCUAGACACAUUUUCAUCUUCAUCUUAGAUUGCCUUUAUUACUUAUAUGCAAUCCCUCCAAAAUUCAGGAAAGUUGUUUUACCCUGGCCCAUGUGACCAUUAAUUAAUGUUUGUACAAAAUAGUUUUAUUUACUUUUCCUCAUCACUCAGCUGGCAGUUGGCUUGGACAAAGCAAGAAAUGAUCCUUCUCUCCUUGUUUGGGACGUCAGUGUUCAACCCAGUAGGUCAACACUCCAUUUUUAAAUUUAUUUACUUCAUUUUAUUCUUGCAAAAAAUGAAUUAGUGGCAGCUUAAACCCUUAAAAAAGCUUAUUAGCAAAGUCAUUCUAGAAAUUACAUACUAAAACAUUGCACAAUUUGAUCAUGUUCCACUGAAACUGUGGCUAGCAAUCAUCAUUAACCCUUAAACACUUGAGAGUGACAGCCAUCUAAUUUCUCCUUUCAAUGUCAACCCUGAAUCAAACAUUGAGAUCAUGAGACAAAAGGAAAUGAUCUCUAAAUGAAAAAGGUAUUGAUUGUUGAACAAAUUCUCCCCCUAAUACCACAGGAUAUAUGCAAAGAACAGUAUGCACCCGUACUGAUGUAAGGGUGCAAAGGGAUAAAUUAUCUUACAAAGACUUAGGAAAGUGGAUGGUUUUUAAAUUUCAAAAUUAACUUUGAGAAUGAGUGAAAGAGUCAGGAUUUAAGGGAGACGUUUUUCUAUGUGGAUCUGUUUUAUAUAGAUUGCACUGGGAUGUGAUUUAAUAUUGUAUUCUAUGAUUUGUUUACUUUGAUUUAUUUCUGAAUCAUUUUUCUAGAUUUUACUUUGAUUACUGAUUUAUCUUCGUUUUAGCUGUAAGGGAAAGUGGUAACCAAGAAAAGAGGUUAGUUCACAGGAACAUUGUUGCUGCUCUGAGUUUUAACUUGAAAAACCUUAUUCAGGUUAACAACCUGUAUAGGAAAGUGAUUGUGUUGAAUAGCACCUGGUUUGUAACAUUUUUUAUCUAAAUUUUUUCAUCUCCAAAUUAUAGACACUCAGGAGUGACUGGUGGCAAACAAUCUCCCAUUACCGUAGGGACAAAUUUCCAAGAGCCUUCACAUGUGCAAAAUAGGGCUCUUGUUGAACUAUGUAAGCUGCUUCACCUUAUAUUAUUACAAUAAUUAUGACAGUCACCAUGAUUUUACCACAGUGAUGGUGACUGUGCACUAGAUACUUGACUUAUCUUCAAAUUUUUAUGGUUAUUUGAUGUGACUUUAUCAGCUAAUUUCUUGUCUCUUGUUUCUUGGCUCUUGUCAAACUAUGUAAGCUGCUUUAUCGUAAAUUAUUAUGAUAAUUAUGACAGUCACCAUGAUUUUACCACAGUGAUGGUGAAUGUGCAAUUGAUACUUCAAUUAUCCUCAAAUUUUUAUGGUUAUUUGUGGCUUUAUCUGCUAAAUUAUCUUUAAUUGGUGUUAUCCUCCACCAUGACUGUCUCAAUCUGAUGUACAAAGAUCAGAUCACAACACAGGGGUCUUUGCACCAUACUCUUUGUAAUUUGGAAUUCAAUGAAUUAAGAUAUCAAAAGCUUAUCUCUUUCCCGACACAUUACCAACAGUUGGCCCACUGUCGGCCCACUGUCGGCCGACAGGUAGCCUAUAUUUCGGGCAAAACCUGUUGGCCGUCUGUCGGCUGUCUGUCGGCCAACAGUCGGCCGACAGGUUUUUCGGGGAGCUCUUCUUCACAAUUACCAUCUUCAAUAUUCCUAAUGUAUAUUUGUAGCAGUAUGUACUCUGUCUUUAUUUACCUCAUUCAGUGCACUUAUAAACUUACAUUGUUAGCACUUUAUUUCAACUAUGGAACAUAAAGUGUAAAAUUUUAUAUAUGAAAAAUUAUAUAACUAUAUGAGACAGUAUUCCCCCUUAUUUUAAGCAUGAUAGGUAAAAGAGAUUUUUAAACUAAUGGAGAAAUCCUUUUACCUGUUGAAUUCUCAAGAAAUCCAAGUGAGUUGGGAAGAAGUGAUGAUGGUGGUGGAGACAGAGCCAUCACCUUACAUUCUCUAUACAAAAAGACUUGAACCUCUCACCAUUUGCAAACCUUACACUUGCUUUGUUUUCAUUUUAAUUGCUGCAGCCACUUCAGAUAUAACUGUUUCGUUAGCUUGGUGUCCUUAUGAUUCUAACGUGUUGAUCACUGGGCAGGGACCAAAAUACAUCAGAGCAUUUGACAUCAGAGGUGAGCAGAGUGUUAAAUUGGUGGGGUGAAGUUCUGUCAUAAGCAGACACAUACAUAAUUAUGCUAUAGACACUGCAUUAUAUGGAUUGAUAAGCUGAAUUAUACACACAAUUUGAUUGGUUCAUACUUAUGAUCUGUUGGACAACAGACACAGAUGACAUCACCAUUAACAAAAUUUUGCUCCUUUAUCACAUAAAACUGAUUGAUUCUAUCUUGCUGUGGGUCUGUACCAUGGUAGAUCACAGAAAAAUUGUUGAAAUUUGGUAAGAACAUUAGUGACACACUUGGCUGGGCUUUGAAUGCCAUGUUUUGUUCUUGUACAGAUGCUAUAAAACAUGAAAUCUAUUUGUUAAUGAGAGAUAAAUUUAUGAUGGACACUGCUCAUAAGUGUCUGAACACCACAAUUUCAUAUAAGUUUUAAGAGAUACAUCCUUUUUUGUCUAGCGGACACAUUCCGUCCACAGAAUGCUGCCGUAACAAAAGCAGUGUAUGGUGUAUGUUUUGACCCACUUGUUGAACACAGAAUAGCUUCAUUCUCUGGGGUAAGGAUUAGAGAACUGUCACAACAUAUAUUAAAGUAAUAUCACAGAUGCAUAAAUACACCUUAUUUAAUGGUUUACACAUUGAUAAUACAUGGGAAUAUUUUGUGUGUUGGGUGACAAAUUUUUUUCCUACUCAUUCUUUGUAAGUUUUUUCUUUGUAAUUUUCCUAAGGAUUUGGAUUUAAUAUGGUUCACAUGUGAAAACAAAACUGAUACCACAUGUAAUUGUGAAGAUUUUAGAGGUUGUGGCUUACUCAAAUCCUCAACAACUACAGGGGUGGUGCAGUGUGAGGUGACAACAAUUCAAACUCCACUUGGCCGAUUUUAACUGAUUUAAUGACAGAUCAAAAUUGAAAGGUCUAGAUCAAUCGGUAGCAUUUGACAUGAAGGGUCAUAAACUUUAAGAUAAUGAAGAUUGAAGUUUGUUGGCCUUAGUAGCAGUAGCAGUAGAAAGAAAAGUAGUAGCUUUAGGUGCAGAUUAAGUUGUAGAUUCAAACUAAAAUACAAGAAUUCAAAAUAGAGUUGAACUUAGAUUAGGCUAAAAAGAAACAGUAGACUAUCAAGAGACAUAAUUAACUAAUAAUAAAACUAGUGGAACUCCUAGCAUGAAACAAACAGACGUAACAAUUCUAGUGUUGAAAGAAGAUACAAGCAACAGUAUCAUACUAAACACAGGGUAACUAAAAUGAGCAUAAAAGAAUAACAAUUUGAAAAGAAGUAAGGACAACUGAUGGAUAAGUUUGUUUUGCUAUAAUACUGUAAUGAUAGCACUUAGUUGACUAUAAGCAAGAUGUUCUGUGACCGAGAAAAAAAGCUGAUGAUUCUGCAACUUAAUUAACAACAAAGAAGAGACUUACAUACUUUGUUUGACAACUCACACCAAAAGAAUAGCAAAGGCACUCUAGAUAUCAUUUUCUUUAUGCACAAAAAAUGUGAUACACACCAUUUGAUUGGCUCUUAGCUUCUUCAACCAGCUUGUGAAGGAAAAUUUAUUUAGUGUAGAUUCAGUGUGUAAAUCUUGGUGUACAUAUGAUUUAGUGAAAUAUUAUGUUAAGAAAUAUAUACAUUUUUUUUUUUUGUAGGGUGGGCCUGGCGUAAUUUGCAUCUGGGAUGAUCGAAACUUUGAAAAACCUGUAUCCUCUCUGUAGCACGAAAUGGCUCAGAUGUUGAAUUUUUCUGGAAUGGACUCCCAUCUGAGAAAACAGGGAUGAUAGUUGGAAAUCAAGUCAAAUCUUGGGAUUGCUUGAGCUAAAAUUUGACCCCUGAGAAGCCACUGUCAAAAUUACUGUUAACCAAGAUACAUGUAAACUAUGUAAUUAUAAGGACAGUUAACUUGAAAAGCUAUAUGUGGAAAUUAGUUGCUGUUGUCCACCUUAAAAAAAUACAAAAUUCAAGAAUGUUUUUGUCCUAAAAACUCCAACUGGCAUUUCCUCUUGUGCAAGUUUAUAUUUUCAGUCCUACCUUAACCUUUUUCAGUUGAUGACAAUGAGUCAGUCAUGUCCUGUGACAGCCAUUUCAUGGAGCCCAACACGAUCUGGCUUAGUAGCCACACUUGGUUUAGAGAGCCCCAUUGUGCAACUGUACGAUAUUCAACAUGCUUCAGCAGGUAAGUAAGUUGACUAACAUGUUGAGUCCAUUAGGGAGAAAGUCUAAUCAAAUAUUCAGUGUAGAACUAAGAAGAGUGUAAAGCGCUGUUUAUCUCUCUAAACAUGUAAGCACCCCUACUUAAACAAUCAAAAAUUAAUGAUUUUAGAUUUAUGAAAUUCAUAUAUUUGCACUGCAGUGAAGAAACAAAUCUAAGAGAUCCUUGCAGCUAAGAACACUACUGAACUAGUAGUUGAAAAUAGGACCUGAAAAAAAUUCAGGCCUGCAUGGGAUUUGAACCCAUGACCUCUGCAAUACCAGUGUAGCGCUCUACCAAUUGAGCUAACAAGCCAACUUGGAGCUGGUCAAUGUGUUGGGUCCAAAUAAACCAUCCAAGUGAUGAAUAAUGAUUUUAGAUAUAUGAAAUUCAUAUAUUUGCACUGCAGUGAAGAAACAAAUCUAAGAGAUCUUCGCAGCUAAGAACACUACUGACCUAGUAGUUGAAAACAAGACCUGAAAAAAAUUCAGGCCCAUACAGGAUUUGAACCCAUGACCUCUGCAAUACCAGUGUAGUGCUCUACAAACUGAGCUAACAAGCCAACUGAGAGCUGGUCAAUGUGUUGGGUCCAAAUAAACCAUCCAAGUGAUGAAUAAUGAUUUUAGAUAUAUGAAAUUCAAAGGAUUUUAGAUUUUGCAGCAUGUUUUGUUUGUUUGAUACAAUUAGAAGUCUGACCAUGUAACUCACUUAUCUGUUAUUUGUCCAAAGGAAAGUUUCAUUCAAACCUUUGGCACUCAUGUCUGCAAAAAUUCCACAUAAUGUGGGGUUUAACUUGAUAAACCUGAUUCAGUUCUUAAAUUGAAAUCUUUCCUCAGUUUCACCAACAUAUGGAGUUGGAUACGAGAUAGAACCAUCUUUCAUUGAAAGGAGUGUUAAGCGUAAGAUGUUGUUUCCCAUUGUUUAUAAUGAUUUUCGAUAAAUGUGUUAAGUUGCCCAAGGGUGAAUGAGUUUUUGAGAUAUAAGGGUGGUAAAUCGUCAGUGAAAUUCAGCACUUCUGCAUGUUGACAAGCUGUAAGAAAGCUAUAAACAUUUUAUACCCUUGAUGAUAUAAUUUUCCAUUGCAUGUUUGAAUUGAUAUUUCACAAGGAUGUACUGGCUGGAAAUGAAAUUAUAGGCUGAAAUUAAUGUAUUAAAUUGGCUAAUUUAUCCAAGAGGAGUAAGUGGCAUAGUUCUGUUAUGACCUUUUCUUUGUUUUGAACUGUAGCUUCUGUGCCUAAUAAAAAAAAAGAAAAAGAAAAGAAAAAAAAAGGAACUGAGGCUUAGAUGGCUUAUUUGUUCAUUCAUAGAACAAUGAUAAUAAUAAUAGUCAUGCCUGUCAUUAUCAAUGAGGUCUGUAAAUCAUGGUACAGUUGAUACAUGUAGUCCCUGAGAGUUGAAAAAAAAAUUUUUGUAUAUUUUUUAUUUCAUGGUGAACAGCAUCAGGAACAGUUGUGUCUGCAUUCUCCUGGCAUCCUACACAAGAGAAUCGCAUGCUUACAAUAUCAUCAUCUGGUUGGUGAAAAGUUAUGACUUCAGUUACUUCAACAUUGGAAAAUGUUGAUAAUAUAAUUUUUUUUGUUUUUACUCUUAGAACUUCUGUAUUAUUUAUUAUUUAUUCUUCUUGUAUUGAAUAUUUUCAGGACUGGUUCAAGACUGUACAAUUUUUGAAAGAAUAUCUGUAGUAAGUACAGUUGUCCAUGGUAAAACUUAUAUAUCAUUAGGAAGGUGUGAGAUAUCAUGAUUAUUAUAUUUCACUGACUGUUCUACAACAUUAAGUAUGUUCUUUUUAAGUUAGUUUUUUGUUUGUUUUGUUACCCCUGCAGACUUGGUCCCCAAACUCCUAUCUUACUUGGGGUUGUGGGAAGCAUUUGCUGGAGUGCUCACAAAAGGUAUGUGUGACCUUUACUAUGUUAUUUCUGUAGGCCUUGUUUGUCAUCCAGGUUUAUCUGCAUGGAACUUCAGGUAGUUUGAUAUGAACCUUAACAGGUUUCUGGUGUGUAAACAGCAUUUACUUUUUUUAACAACUGUUUGCAUAUAUAGACUGUACUAUUCUCAAAAUAAAUGCUAGAGAAAAACAAUGGAUGCAUCCAAUAGAUGGAUACAGAAAAAUAAAAAUCAGAAAACAUAUUAACUAUCUUUUUUCUGUGCAUCUCUCAAAAUACUUUUUUUUUUUCUCCUUCUUUCUCAAUUUUUGGACAGACACAUUUUGCUUUGGCCAUUGUAACCCUUUGACACCAAAGAGUGACUAGCAUUUAAAUGUUUUGUUACUAUAUCGCCCCUGAACCAAACAUCAAGGUCACAAGAAUAAUGGGAAUGAUCACCAACUAAAGAAGUUCUUGAUUGUUAAACAAAUUCUUCUUGUCAGCACUUUGAGAAAUGUUUUGAGAACAGUUUGGAGAAUAUACAUACUGAUGCUAGGUUAUAAAGGGUUAACACACUUUCUGUCUUCAUGCAUUCAUGUGUGUGCCUUGGCAGGGAAAAAAGAUGAAAUAUUAUUUCACAAGUGUCCUAAAUUUUUUGUUAUUUUAUUAGACAAAUGCUUAUUUUGUUUGUAUGGUAGACUACAGAGGCAGCUUUAGAGGAAGAUGUCUCAUUAAAGAUGAAGCGCAGAGCAUUUGCAGGAUAUGGAAUAGACUUUUAUCAAGUGAGAGAUGUUGUUUGUAUUUAAAGGGAGGCUUAGAAAAGAGCCCUGAGUGGCUUAAGAGAGAGUACUAGAUAAUCUCUCCAAGCUGUAUCCUUGUUUGAAACACAUGGAGAAGUUGAUCCGGUAUCAAAAGUCACUUACUCCUAGUGCCUUAUUUCUCUCAGCCAUUCAAUUGCAACUGUGAGGUGUUGGGAUUUUUUGCACCUAUUUGUAAUAGAUCCUAGUUUAUUUACAUAUUUAACAAGUUGACCAGAUUUUAAAUGGGAGUUGAUUAAUAUUGAUUGACAGUCAAUAAUGGUGAUAAUGAUGAUAAUGAUAACAUAAUGAUGUCAAUAGGCUAUUUUUUUUCUUUUUGGGCUUAACAGGCACAAGACAUUGCAAGAAUAACUGGAGAUCCUAAGCUUGUCAAGCUGUGGUCAUGGAUUUAUCAUAUCCUUUUUUUUUUUUAAUCAUGUAUUAGGUAUAGGUAGCAAUGGAAUUAUCAGGCUCAGAAAAUGAUCUUUAUAUUCAGUCUGUUGCUGAAUGAAAAAAAUUUCAAAUAAUAUUACAUAUAUAUCAGUAAACCAAACUGAAGCACAAGAUUUCAGAUGGAGAAAAAUCCACACAGCAACACAAAAGAGUUUUACAAAAAUGUUCACAAAAUUUUCAGUUAUUACAAAUGGUGAAUUUUAAGUGUAUUUCUGUGAGCAGCUGUCUCACUAAACUCUCAAGAAAUCAUUUGGAUUUCCAUCUGUGUAAACAGAAAGGUGGCAAAAUUCACUUUUCAACUUUGACCCGUAAGGUGUGAUUAGUGAAUCUCCCUUCCAGUUUCUCUACGUUUUCUUAUAGUUUGGUCCUGUUUCAAAAUAAUGCCUUCACUUGCAUGGUGGAUAUUGCAUUCAUAUUGCAAGGAGAAGAUUAACAUCAACACUGGUGGGAGUUAAAAGGUCAAAAGCUUUGCAACAUUGCUCUUCCAAGGUUUUAGAAGAGGCUCAGUAAUUUUGACUCUAUCAUUGACAAAACUGGAAGAAAAGGAUGAAAUGGGGAGAGAAAUUGGCCAAAAUUCUCACAUGGUCUUUUUUUUCUUGGAGAAACCUUAACAAUAUUUCAGGGGUAAAGUCCAUGAGAGAACAAGGUACAAUUCACUUUUACUCAUUCAUGUAUGCUAAGUGAUGAUCUUUAAAGGUGAUGAGAAAAUUUUGGAGGCUGAAAGAAUGUUUCCUUUUUUUAACUUUCUUUUCAGUGUGUAACUCCUUGUAUGAUCUUUUUUCAGAUAAAUCUAAAACUCUUAAAUAUGAUGGCAUCAAAUCUAUCAUUGGUGGAGAGAAUGGUGGUGGAGGUAUGUAAAACUUAGGGAAAACUACUUCUCAUAGACUAUAUUUUUACAGUCAAGUAAUAUUUCUUGUUACUGAGGGUUCAAAUAGCCAGGUUAAAGUUGCAGUGAUACACUGACCAUGCAAGUCCAUAGGAUGUAAUUCAAAGGCCUACUAUGAUCAUAAUUUAUAUUCAAAGGUGCAACUGCAAGAAGUAAAGCAGACUCUUACCAAGAACAGCGUCUUGUAGCACCAGUGUACUACAGUGACGAAAGGUCAGAAUCAAGCUUGUUAUGCUUACUUGUAGUUGACUGUACCCUUGUUCCUGAAGGACCUUGUUCCUGAAGGAUGUUGAAUUUUUUGUGGCACUUACAAUUUAUUGAUGCAAUCAAACCUGUAUUAAAUGGUGCCAUAUUAAGCAGUCACCCUGUAUUAAGUGACCAGUUGUCAAAGUCACAAAUGUGUUUCUCCUUACUCACUGUAAUUUUCACCUCUAUUAAGUGGUUGCAGUCACCCAAGUCUCAACAGCCUGUUUUUAUUGUCUUCCACCUGUAUUGAACAGUCACUGAAAGUGGGACCACUCAAAUGAAAUUAAGAAUAAUCUUUCAAGUUAUUAUUAACCCAUGUUUCUCUCUCAAAAUCAAUGUAUUAAGUAGUAUUUUCAAGGUAGAUUCUGUACAUUUAGUGGUCAAGUAGGGCAUUAAGUGACAUUGUUUAAAAUCUUUUUUUUUUUUUUUUUUUUUAUAAUACCCCCCAAUCUGUGGAAGCUGUAUUAAGCAGUCAACCUAUAUUUAGCAGUCACCCAGCCAUUCCCCAUAGGUGACAGUACAGGUUCCAUUGUAAUUGUAGUUAUUUCUGUGUGAUUGCAGAAAGCUGGCUCUUUCUCUUUGUGGCUGGGAUUUUAAAAGCUCUGGAAAUACGCUUGCUGAUUUUUUAAACAAGUAAGGUGAAAAGCUUAGAUUAAAUGAACGAGCUAGUUUGUUUGACUAAGGUUUGAGCAAUUGAUGGUUCUAGGAAUUUAACUGAUCGAGUUUGGUGCAUUAUCUUGGAAUGGGUUAAUAGGACAAACUCGAUUCAUUCUAUAGUUUUUUCAUUGUUUUGAUGAAAAGUCACAUCACUUGGCCUCAGCAAUUUGUUAGAAAGGUAUUGUUCUUUUAAUUUGUUUUACUAAGCCAGUGGAAAAGUGUGCAUCAUUUUGAUAGUCUCUUAAUAUGUUAUUCAUUUUUGAAUCCUUUUUAAUAAAUAAACCUAUAAUUUUCUCUUGUUUACAGAUUGCAAUCUUCUGGACAGUAUGAGAGAGCUGCAGCAGUAGCACUUUUCAAUAACAAGAUCAGAGAUGCAAUUGAAAUAUUGAGCUCACAAGGGUCAAAUGAUAUGAAAGGUACUAAAGGUAAUAUCUUAAUUAAUACAGCAUUCAGUUACUCUUUGGUUUAAACUUCACUCUGUACACAAACACACUCACACUUUUGUGAAAUCCUCUCCAAAGAAUAGAGUAGUUAUUUUGGUGUUCUGAUUGAUUUCUGGUAUUUUUCCAGGAAGUUCCCUGAAUGUGGUCGCUAUGGCACUGUCAGGGUAUACAGAGGAAAAGAAGACUUUGUGGAGAGACAUGUGCAGGUCACUGUGCGGUCAGGUGAGUUAUGAUAGUUAUAUAAAAUACUAAUUAAAAUUAUCUUUCAUCAGGGAUUCAUUUUCACAAAAACAAUUCUAGGCAAGAUGCUCAAAUCUCACAAUACUCCGAUCCACUCAGAAGAGUGAGUGGAUAUUUGUAAACUGACAGAUGAACGUGACAAAAUACUCAUGUACACUGAGAGGGAAGACUGGAGACUAAACCAUUCAAGAGGAGUUUCAAUCAUCUUUAGCAUUCCUCUGUCAUGAGUGACCAAACAAAACUUUCUUCUUUGAAUAUCAAUCAAUUUUGUGUGCACUUUGCAUUUUAGAUGGAGAAUCCUUACCUUAGAUCAGCUUUUGCUUUUUUGACCACUGAGGCUGAACACUUUGAGAAUAUUUUGGUGAGUUCCUUCUUUAAAUUUUGAGUUUUCUAUAUAUACUGUAAGUUUUACCUGUAAACAUGCCACAAUCUUUUUGGUAAUUGAUUAUAAGAUUUGUACUUUAACGCAUAAAUAGUUCUCAGUACAGAAAAAGGGUCUAAAGCUAUUAUUAUUGUGCAGUGAGAAGAGAAGGUUUGUCUAAAAUUGUAAUACUACUGUAGUGUACUUCUUAAACCUUCAACCCUUAAGAGUGACUAGCAUCUAAUUGCUCUUUACAAUAUCACCCCAGAAUCAUGUAGUAAGGUCAUGAGAAUAAAAAAAAUUAUCACCAGCAAAAGAAGCUGUUGAUUGUUACACAAAUUCUCCUUGUCAGUACCUCAGGGAAUGUAUAGGGAACAGUAUGGAGAAUAUGCAUACUGAUGUUAGGGUAUAAAGGGUUAAAAGAUUGAAAAUAUGAAUGUGCUCUCUUUGAGGCGGAGGAAGGAAUUGAAAUCGAGGACAGAGUAGCCUUUGCUUGCAAGUACCUCCCUGAUCACAAGGUAGGAACACAGCAUUUUUAAAACUGCAAUCUUUGAAUGCUAGCAAGGUGGUAUUGACAUGAUAAAAAGCUCGAUUCAGCUGCAUGGAACAAAAAGUGAAUUGUAAUUUCUCACUAUUUUCAUAUAUCAGUUGUCCCAGUUUCUUGAAAACUUGUCAACAAAGUUGAGUAAUGCUGGGGAUCUAGACGGCAUUCUGCUUACUGGUAGGAAUUAUUUCACUUCACCUUCAUUCUGUGUUUGGUAAACAUAAUCUCUCUUAAUGUUAUGGAUGAACUUAAAUGAAUUUGGAGAAAGGUAAAAAAGAAGUGUAUUGCAGUUUAAAAUUUCCCUUGAAGUGAAGCAGACUGUAAUUUUGGGUGAAAGAACUGUUUGUUCGAACAAAAUAGCCUUUUGAUGACAAUUAAUCAAUCAAUGACCAAACAUAUUUUAGGAAGAGUUUUCAAUUUUCUUACCUCAUCUCCCUUCAGGCAGACAGGAAAUGUUCAAUUGAAUAAGGCACAGACAUUGUUAUCUGCCAAAAUUUUAUAUGGUGUUUUAAUGAGUUUGAAAGCGAUCUUUGCAGUAAUGAACACUACUUAUAAGUAGUAGCAAAAAUAAGAUUUUCAUAUAUUUACAGGUACUUGUAUCUACUUGUAUGGUAGUUUUAAUAUCAGUGCCAGAAGAAUUAAUAUUAGUGAAUUAUAUUUUCAUAAAGAGUACUUACAAUUAACCGGAAGAAAAAAUGUAUACAACACGUCAAAUUAACCACUGACCAGCAAACUAUGUUACUAGAAAUAGAAAGUAACAUAAUUUGCUUUUAUUUGUAUUACUACAUUGUUAAGUUUCAUGAAUAUACAACACUGUUUUUUAUGCUACAGGGCCAUCAAUAUCAAUAUCAAUCAGUACUGAUCAAUUUCUAUCAGUUAAAUAAUUAUUGUCUUUAUCCCUUAGGAAUUUCAAUGGAUGGAAUAAACUUAAUAGAAAAAUAUGUAAAUAAGGUAAAGUCUCCCUCACUGUACUUCACACACAUAAAGAUUAUUUAUAUUAUCUUUGUGUAUUGAGUUUUUCAGUCUAUAUGGUACAUCUGUCCCAAUGGGAUAAGCCCUCACAGGUUUUUUCUCUUAGUUUCUUCUAUUUUUUUAUUUAUACAUUUAUUUUUUUCAAGAGAAUUUUAGAGGGUUUGUCUCUCUCAUAGAGUAAUCUAAUCAGAUUCCUUAAACCAGCUAAACCCUUCAAAACUUGCUUCACUUCCAAGCAUGUGGGUUCAAACCUUACUGAAGCAGGAAUUUUCUUCAAGCUUACUCUCUACAAUUGCUUUAAUUGCAGUCCCCCCACAAGGAUCAUUUCUUUGCUGAUUUUUUUUCCACAGGUCAAACAAAAUUUAUUUCAUCCAAUAAAAACAGAAAAAAGAAUUAGAGAUUGUUCAAGUACCAACAAAGAGCUUGAGAGCAAUUGUGUAAUUCCUGGGUCUCCAAUUUUCCUCACUCUUGAGACAAUUUACUAAAGAGAAAACAGAAGGUCUGGAAGUAGACAAGUGAUCUCCCAUAUAUAUUUUGUUGUGGUUAACAUUUGGUUUUCUUAACAGACAACAGAUGUUCAAACAGCAAGCUUGGUCUUUGUCAACUGUGUAACUCAUAUCUCCAGUGAAGUAUUCAAAGAUCCUAGAGUUUUAUCAUGGAUAGAAAAGUAAGACCACAAUUAUUUUUUCAGAGAAAGACGUUCAUCUAUAAAGCACCACUGUUUACAGUUGCACUUUCAAAAUUUUAAAUAUUGAUCUGAAUGUUUUGGUAUUUUCAGUUAUAGAAGUCUGCUUGACAUGUGGAGGCUCUGGCAUCAAAGGUAUUUUUCAAUAGGGAAGAAUCAGUAGAUGAUUUCCAUGUUUCUUAGGGAAAUCGAUGGUGUUCAAUAAGAAAUUGUUUCCUCAUGUUGUAUUGCUAAGACUAGCUGCAUUUAUUGUAGUUAUGUAGUACAACAGCUAUAAAUAUAUCAAGGAUUAUUAAUAACUGUGGAAGAAAGUGGUUCUCUCUUUUUGUUAAUUGUACUAUCUGAGAAAACAAUGUGUUGUCAAGGCAAGAUUUGUCUUUUCAGUUUGUUUUCCAAGAGGUAAUAAGCCUUGAAUUAAAUCUAUCACACAAAGUUUUCCAGUUUUCUUGUUUAAGAAAGGGGCACCAAUGGGCAUCUUGUGAGGGAAUAAAACAAACAGAGAUAUGAAGCCACAGGCUUGAAGUGAAGCAAAUGCUUAUAAGUAUUUGUAAAAUAUUGAGUUUUUUUAUCCCUCUAAGGAAAUAUGACCAUGAUUCAUAUAUAUGUUGUGUCUUUCAACUUUUGUUUAUUCAACAAUUACUUUUAUUUUCAGGUCCCUGUUUGAUAUUCAUUUUAACUUAAAAGAUUCCACCCAAAGGCCUCCUCAACAAGUGUUUGUUUCAUGUAAUUUUUGUGGCAACUCCAUCCUUACUAACAUGCUAUCAACAUGUAAGUGCUAGUCUGUCAUAACAUUUUAUCUUCUCUUUGUCUAUUGCCAUCAUUUCUUGAAGUGAUAUUAUGAGCAUUUACCUGGAUCCAUUUCCUAGCUCUCCAAAUGAUUCAUGUCCUUAUGUGGUGUUCCAUUUUAAAGGCUGUUCUAAAAAGGCAAAUAUUGUUGGAAAAUAGACAGUGUUGUCUGAUUACAUAACUGAUUCGUCAUCUGUAAUUUGCUGAAUGCUGGUUCUUUUGUACUAUUUUUUUUGUGGUACUCAAUAAAAUUUGUUUAGUGGUACUCUAUAAAAUUUCAUACCCCUCUCACAUAAGGUCUCCUUGAUUGAGCUCUACUCACCCCACUCUACUUAAAAUUCUUGGCGUAUGAGUUAUAUCACAACACUGUACAUUCACAUUUACUGUAGGAAGUGUGCUUGCACUACAAUUUAAAUUUGUUGCUAUAUGAGUAAAAACAUAUAACCUUUAAUGUAAUAAUGUGGUGGAAAUGAAUUGUUGAGCUAACUUUUUAUCACUACUGUUAGGUUCAAGGCCUCGUAAACUUGCACAAUACUGCAAUCCCUCAAACAGAACAAAGGUGUGUCAUUACUCACAGAAGAGGCAGCGUGAUAAUGCUGUUUUUUUGGCAUGGCCCACAGCUAGCCUUUGGCUUAUCUUUUUUACCUUCUUUGACAGUUUGUUGGCAUGAACAAUGAUAAUUAUUGUUGAACACAAUUCUAUUGGUUCUUUACCCUGAGAAAGACGAACUGUCCUGGUGCGUUCCUUACACCCUUACCCAUUCUCAUAUCACUGACACCUUAUGAAUGUCAAGAGCUGUCUGUCUAGCCAUCAGUUAAUAUGCUGAAAGGCAUAUCAGUUUGGUCAGAUUCAUUAAUUUUUCAGUCUCAUUAUUUGUGAUAAUAACAUGGGCUAAAACCUUUUUGGAACACCAAAAAAGAACCUGGAAUGAACAUAGUAGUACAUUACUAGCCACUCAGCUACCUUUUAACUUGUUGAGUCAGCUUAUUAUACUCAAGAGGUAACAACAGUCCAAUCAUCAAUCCCUAUCAUGACAGCUCAUCAAAAAAUUGUGAAGUACACAGUCUAACUCCAUGAGUUUGAAAUGUACUGAGGCAGUUUGACUUUCUACUUCACAAGUGUGCAGACAGCUAAUCAGUACAAGGGACCUUUAGCAGUCUGUGAGGAAGACAUAGACCAAAAAAAAUAUUUAUGUGUUUCAGAUUAUGGCUUGCCCAGGUUGCCGUAAGCCUCUUCCAAGAUGUGCUCUCUGCCUAGUUCACAUGGGAACAUCUUCAUCACUUUCACAGAAGCCAGCAAAUCAAGGUCAAGAGAACUAAUAUAUUUACCAGUAUAUAGGUUAACCUACAACUGCAAAAUCACAACUGAAUCUUUCAGUUCCUCUUCUUCUUAGAGAAUCUUAUCUGCAUGGAGACUUUUAUUUCAGUUGGUGUUCCAAACUGUUACUGGAAGAAAGAUAGUUUAAACAAAAGUGUCUCUGAAAUUCAAAUGAUGCACGUGUAAACAAAACUUUUGAGCUCAGGUGAUAUAACCACCUUUGAUUAUCAGCUAAAAAACAAAAAACAAAUACUUAAAUCUUUUCUUUAGGAGAUUCAAAUGCAGAAAAACCAGCAAAUGCGCGAACUGUGAAUCCAUUUCAUAACUGGUUCACAUGGUGCCAAUCAUGUCGUCACGGUGGACAUUCCAAUCAUAUAGUUGAAUGGUUUAAGUAAGUGUGAAAUCGGAGAUUUCAGUUCUGAUACACAUGCAACAAGGGAAAUAAUAUAGAAUUCUCCUAAAGUAGCUAAGUAUCAAUGGUGGGGGUACCUUGACAAGCAUACCUCUUCCCUUGUGCUUUUAGACCAGGCCAACUGAGAUGAUUUCUUCAAAACUGAUGUUCAAGGGUGGGUGGCCCUCCCUCAUGUCUUAUGAGUCUUUCCCUUCUCUUUACUACCUGGAUCAAUCUCUUUUCAUUGGAAUUGAAGUUUUAGAAUUCCAUUGCAUGAGUGUGUACUAUAAAGUGAAGGCAGUGGAAAAAAAUUUUCCAGGCAUUGGAUUAAAACUUUUUGGGAAGAGUGCAUAUUCUCCUAUAGUCCACGACUUGUUUAUCAUGUUAGGGUUUUCUUUCAAAUUGUUAUUAGUUUGUUAGUCACUUAAAUGUUAGAUUUUGUUUCUCUCCUUGUGCUAAGGACUUUUGCUACCCUUUGUAGAGUUAAAGUGUUUAUUUUUAUCAAAUGAUGUAUGUGACUGUUAACAUUCUGGAUUCCUUUUCAGGGAACAUAUUGAAUGUCCUGUCACAGGAUGUGGAUGUCACUGCAUGAACUUAGAUUCUGUUGCCAUGGCAAUGCCAAACAAUGACAUUUAUUCAGUAGCAUGAGUGGAUAAUUAUUUUUAAAAUAAUGUCAAAAAAAUUAGACUCAGACUAGCUAUUUCUGACGUUUACAGUGUUAUCUGGAAAAUAUUUGUGAAGACACCUUUACAAAGUGUUGCUCCUAUGUCUGAAAGAAAAUAUUUUUUUCUUUUUCAUCUCAAAAAUUGGAUUUAUUUAGUCCUCUACUAAUUCAGAUAUUGCAAUUUAAUUCAUUCUCUACUCUAACAAUGAAAAAUUACUAGGUUUUUUUUAAAAUUGUAAUUGUAUAUAUAAAAAUUAAGUUAUGAAUCAGUGAACUUUUCUUUUUAAUUCUUGGCUCAUUGCCCCUAGAACUCUGGUGUGAAUUUUUUUUAUUCAUCAUUUGUUGGAAGCACUGAUGUGAGACAAAACCAUUAUGCUUGAGUUACAGUAGACUGAUUUUAGGCCUUCUAAGUGUUCAUGAUUGAAAGCAGCUGUAACCAUUACUGGGAUAGUUGAUGCAAUAAUAUUCCCUCAUUCACUUUGAAGCUGCACUUAAAGUCAAAUUUCAUAAGUUACCAUACUUAACUGCAAUAUUCCCUUUCCUCAGUCUGUGUUUAACAGUCAAAUUAUAAACAGAGCAUGACAUUGGAUAGGGACAGCUGUGGCAGAGUGUUUUAAGAAUGAGUGGUAAAUUGGUAUAUUCUUCUUUGUUGCUAUUUAAGGGGCAAUGUGGAAUCUUCUCUGACAAUAACAGCAGACACAUUUCACCCCAAUUUCUUCUGUCACACAAACAUAAUUGGCAGUUUUGAUAUGCAGAUAAUUGCUGUGAAGACGUCAUGAAAUAAAAAGUACUUCAGUCAACAGGUCAAUCAUUUGCAUAUGGCUGCUUCCAUUCAUGUUUGUGUCACAGUAAAGAUGAGCCUAAACUUUAACCAGGUUCAUUGUUUAUUAAUUAAAAGGAUCAGCCCUGUCUGAAGUAUCUAGUGGUAUUUUGUCAAUCUUUCUAGAAAUGUAUUUUAAACAUCGCCUACUGCUAAUUUAAUCCAAAAUUCAUGUGAUUCCUUAACAUUUUUUAAUUGUAAGGAAAAUCUCAAAAAAUCCAAAUCAAAGAUAUUUCACAAAGGGAUUCUUUGAAUUAAAAUCAUUGUCAUAAACAAGUGCGGUAUUGAUCAGAUUGUCAACAGGUAAAAUACCUCACCAACCAUACAUUGACUUAUCCCAGAAGGUGAAUGGACUUG